AUGACAGAAGAAUCUGUUACUAAACCUACCUCAACCAUGACAUCUACUCGUCCUGAAUCUACACGUCGGAGAAUUGAUCCUUAUGAUCUCUCAUUUGGGGAUAACCCCGGAUCUAUCAUCUCGCAGCCACAAUUGCGAGGACCCAACUAUGAUGAAUGGGUGUUGAAUCUACGUCUUUCCCUUCAAGCAAGAAAGAAUUUUGGUUUUGCGGAUGGAUCGAUUCUCAAACCGAGUGAUGACUCGGAUGAUCUUGAGGAAUGGUGGGCAAAUAACGCCAUGGUGGUUUCGUGGAUCAAGCUUACGGUGGCGCCGGAUUUGAGCAUUUCGUUGUCUCACCAUGAAAUCGCUUGUGAUCUGUGGAUGCAUAUACAAAAGCGUUUCUCAGUGUUGAUCGGGCAAAGGGUUCAGCAACUCAAAACAGAGCUAGCCAAUUGUCAGCAGAAAGGUACAGCUGUGGAAGCAUAUUAUGGGAAGCUUACCAAACUGUGGACGAGUCUUGCGGAUUUUCAGAGAGCUAAGACCGUGGAAGAGAUUGCAAAGGAGCGUGAGGAGGAUAAAAUUCACCAGUUUCUUAUGGGUUUGGAUGAAUCCUUGUUUGAUGCGGUGAAAUCCUCUCUCCUAUCUCGUGAUCCAUUGCCUUCUCUUGAUGAGGCAUAUCAGGUUGUGACUCAGGAUGAGGAGUCUAAGAGAGGGAGCCGUGUGCUGGAAGAACGAAACGAAGGUGCGAGUUUUGCGGUACAGACUUUGGUUCGUUCUCGUCAACAGAGUGUGCUUCGUGAUCCAGCUGCGGUUUGUACUAGUUGUGGACGAACUGGACAUUUUGCUGCCAAAUGUUUUCGGAAGAUUGGCUAUCCUUGGUGGUGGGGUGAUCGUCCUCGGUCGAAUGGCUCGAAGCUCCCAACCACACAAUCGGGAAGCUCGAGUAGUUCUCCUGUUGAACGACGUAGAGCUCUGUCUUUGCCAUCCAAGAGCGUCAAACCAGCUCAUGCCAACCAGGUGGUACUUGCUAAACCAUCUGCAGUUGCUAAUUUGGUUAUCACAGAGGCUGAUCGUUCGGAAGCAUUGGCUUAA